GUGGGCCACAUCAAACAUGGCGGCGUGUAGUUAGAAAUUUCGUGCGUUUCUGAAGAAUCGACUCAAAAUCAUAUCAUUCCCGAGGACCGGUUAAAAUUAGGAGGAUUUAUUCACGAUGGCCGCGGACAGUCGCCUCUCCAUUGCCUCUCAGUUCUUUCUGGAGGACGAAGCAGGUCCUGUUGAAGCUGUAUCAACCUCGGAUAAGGUGGUUGACCUGCUGAACCAGGCCUCCCUCAUGCCCAAGGAUGUACAGAAGAUCAACACGCUGAAGCAGGUUCAGGAGCUGAUCGUACAGAAGGACCCUGCACUGCUGGAUAACUUCCUAGAUGAAAUGCUGGCUUUCCAGCAGGACAAGUCGGCCGAUGUCCGCAAGUUUGUGGUCGGGUUCAUAGAGGAAGCCUGUAAACAGGACCCAGAGCUGCUGACUAAAGUCGUGGCCAAUCUCAACAUGCUACUGGAGGAUGAGAACGUGAAUGUGGUGAAGAAGGUCAUCCUGUCCACAACACAGAUAUACAGAGUUGGGCUGUCGUGGCUGAGUAAAGUAAGAACCAUCUCAGAAGAGAUGGAGUCGACCUGGGACAUGAUUGUCACCAUGAAGAACCGCAUCCUCGUCAUGUUGGACUCCGAGAAUGACGGUGUCCGAACCCACGUGGUGAAGUUUCUGGAGAUGAUGAUUGUCGUCCUGAGUGCCAGAACACCUGACUCAGACAUUCCCAAGAAGACAGAGAAUGACAUCUCCCUUGACCAGGUACCGAAGGGCCACCCUGUGAUCAGGUAUAACGAGCUGCGUGACGAGGGCACUAAAAUCCUGGACAUGCUGCUGGACUUCACUGCCUCUGCUCACAUCUCCAGUAUGAACCUGAUGGCCAGUAUGGGGUCAUUGACCGCCAUCGCAAAACAGCGCCCCCUGUAUAUGGCCAGAGUAGUGCAGGCGUUUGAAUCCCUCCAUGUGAACCUGCCUCCAACUCUUGCAAAGUCUCAAGUCAGCAGUGUCAGAAAAAACCUUAAGCUCCAACUGUCGACCCUGCUGAAGCAUCCGUCAUCUGCAGAGUUCCACUCCCAGAUCACUACACUACUGCUGGAUCUGGGGGCCACGCAGCAGGAGCUCCAGAGAAUCAUCCCCAAGCCCUCCAAAGCUGAGAAAAGAGAAAGGUCUGAGGGUGGAGAAACAUCACAGCCAUCGAAAAAGCCCAAAGUUCAGGAUGAAGAGGAGGAUAAGGUAGAGGAGAAGCCUCCUCCCAAGCUGGCUCCAGUCACCACACAGACGGCCAACGAUAUCACCGCAAAGUACCUCAUCCCUCUGCUCAGCAAUGACAACGUUGCUAACAUCGUGCUGCUGUCCAUGGUGACCCUGCCUGACACCAUGCCGGCGGGGUUCCAGUCCACCUACACUCCCAUCCAGUCUGCAGGUACGGAGGAGCAGGUGGGCCACCUGGCCAGGCUCAUGGCCGCGCAGAUGACGGCCGCAGGCAUCGGGCCGGGGGUGGAGGAGAUGCAGAAACAGGCUGCCACCAGUUCCAAGAAAGAUGUUGAGGAAGAAGGAUCAGAACAUCGCGGGAAACAGAGCAUCCAGACUGUCGUGGGAGGGACGACUGCCCUGGAAAAGAAGAAACCAGCCCCACUACAACCUCAACUACAGCAACAAAAGAGUCGUCGCAUCAAGGGUUUCCGGUUGGCAGACACCCUGAAGCCACUGUCUGAUGAUGAAAACCAGGGCAUGGUGAAAGCUGCACUGAAGCGCAUACUGGAUGCAGAGCGCACAGCUAUCGCAGGAGGAGUCUCCCAGGAGAGGAUGAAGAUUCUGUCUUCACUGGUGGUGAACUUUGGGGACAACCUCAUGGACAUUGUACAGGACUUUAUCCUGGAGGAUGUGCGUGGGCGAGUGGAGCUGGGUUUCGCCUGUCUGUACAAGAUGCACGCAGAGACGAUCGGUAAAGGGAAGGACCCGUCGGCCCUGCAGCGGUACGAGCAGUGCAUGGUCAGGAUGCUGUCUGGGAUCUGUAACCGGCCGGACCAGAGGGACGGGUUGUUUCACCAGGUAGUGGCUGGCGCUCCCUACAUCACUGACGGAGCCGUGAACAUCAUCCGUAACUUCUGUCUGGAUGAGAACCAUGUGUACAUCGGCAUGUCAACCCUGCGUGACCUGAUCAUCAGCCGCCCGUCCCAGCAGCUCCUGUUCCUACAGGUCCUGCUCGACCUCACACAGAGCGAGAAACUAGAGGUACGCUCCAACAGUAUCCGCUUUGUGAAGCUGCUUCACACAAAACCAAAGCUACAGGAGGCCAUUGAGUCCUUUGCCCUGACCUGUCUGAAGUGUCUGGUGAACAAGGCCCCGCCCCCACGACUGGUGAUCGGCAAACCAGCUGCAGAAGCUGAGUGGACGGAGGACCUGAUCAAACUGUGUCUCCAUCUGUACCUGGCCCUGCUGCCUCUCAACCAUAAACUCAUCCACGAACUCGCCUCUGUGUACGUAGCAGCCUCGGCCAACAUCAAGCGUGUUGUGCUGAGAGUUUUGGAAAGCCCGGUAAAAGGCAUGGGCAUGGCGUCCCCAGAGCUGCUCCUGUUGGUGGAGAACUGUCCUCGUGGAGCGGAGACUCUGGUCACCAGGAUGUUACAUGUGCUCACUGAUAAGGCUCCCCCCUCCCCUGAGUUGGUGAGAAGAGUGCGUGACUUGUACCACAAGAGGGUUCCUGAUGUCCGAUUCCUCAUUCCUGUACUCAACGGACUGGAAAAGAAAGAGGUAGUGGCUGCACUGCCCAAGCUGAUCAAGCUCAAUCCUAUUGUGGUGAAGGAAGUCUUCAACAGGCUGCUGGGAACACAACAUGCCGGUGAUGGUAAUGCCGGCCAGAGUCCCCUCACCCCUGGGGAGUUACUGGUGGCGCUACACAACGUCGACACGGCCAAGUGUGACAUGAAAUCUAUCAUCAAGGCGACGGGCCUGUGUUUUGCUGAGAAGCAGGUGUACACGUCGGAGGUGCUGGCCGUGGUGAUGCAGCAGCUGAUGGAGCAGAACCCGCUGCCCACCCUGCUGAUGAGAACAGUCAUCCAGUCCCUCAGCAUGUACCCCCGACUGCUGGGCUUCGUCAUGAAUAUCCUGCAGAGGCUCAUCAUCAAGCAGGUGUGGAAGCAGCCGAAGGUCUGGGAGGGUUUCAUCAAGUGCUGCCAGCGCACCAAGCCGCAGUCGUUCCAGGUGCUGCUGCAGCUGCCGCCGCCGCAGCUGAAGAACGUGUUCGAGAAGUGCCCGGACCUGCGGGCGCCGCUCCUGGAGCAGAUCGGCAGCUUCACGCCGCACCAGCGGGCGCACAUCCCCCGCGCCGUCAUGGUCGUGCUGGAGGCAGAGCCGUCCGCGGAGGAGCUGAAGGUGGCCCAGGCUAAAGCACAGGCGCAGGCAGACAAGGCUGCACAGGAGAAGGCAAACCAGGAGAAGGCAGCUGCAGAACAACAGAAACAGAAGGAAGCAGCAGCCCAGAAAGCUGCAGCAGAACAGCAGGCAGCCCCGAAACCCCCGGAGAUCCAGAAGCCGCCACCACCAAAGCCAGCUGCAACCCCAGCAGCCCCAAAACCACCAGAGGCCGCAAAGUCCACUCCUCCUCCUCCUGCUGCCAAGGCCACACCUCCGCCGGCCUUCCAGGGGAUGGCUAUCUCCACGGUCAUUGGGGGGGUACGGACACCUCCAACCAGUGUGUCCGGCAGGACAGGAACCCCCACAGGGACCCCCAACAGAACAGGAACGCCCACGGGAACCCCUGUCAGACCCCCCGCCUCCACAGCUUCGUCUGCUCCUAGACAAUCUGGCAUGAGCAGGCCGGCAGUGGCAGGAGGGAGAUCCCAGGCUGCCUCCAAGCCUCCCGGGGCCCCGCUGGUCAAACAGGCUCCGGCCGCGGCCCAGCAGAAACCCAAACCUGCAGCACCAUCUGCACAGCCCAAACCAACAUCAGCAGGUGCUUCAAAACCAGUCCCUUCACCUGCCCCAGCUGCAGCAAAGCCAGCUGCGCAGUCAGCUGCUAAACCAGCUGCUGCCACACCUGCUGCCUCCUCGGCUGAUGCAGCAAAACCUGAGGCGAAACAGCCCGUCCAGGUGAAGCAAGAACCGGCCCAGGUCAAGCCAGAGCCGGCCCAGGUCAAGCAGGAACCUGAUCAAACUCCAGCUUCUCCCAAGCCCCCCCAAGCAGAACAGAUGGAGGUGGACCAACCGGUGAAGGAGGAGAAGAUGGAGACUGAUCAGGAGGAACAGAAACCAGAGGAAGCCUCAGGGUCGAGGAGGAGAAGUGCCAGAAUUAAGGCACAGCAUUGAUGAGAUAUGAAAAGUCUACUACUGCACAAUGAUUUGCUGAAUGGCCGAGAACUUAAGCCUGGUUAGCAAACCUAUUUUUAGCUGCCGAGUCUCUUUUGUCAUCUACGUAGGCAGCAAAAAUAGGUUUGGGAUCAAAAUAAGGCUAUAAGCACUUGACAGAUAUAUAGAGAGUCUAAGACAUAUGUAAAAUAGGUUAGUAUUAAACAUAAUUUUUACUUCGAAACUAAGUGUCAAUCUGAGAUGUUUGUCAAAUUCUAAAACUCGGUGCUUUGGAGCACUGACAGUAUGCCAUUUGUGUUCAGAGGAGCAUUUCAGUACAUACAAAAAUGUUCCAUUGUCCUAAACUUUUGUCAUUUUAAGUGGUCAUAACAGUGACACUUAUAUCAUUAAAAAUGUUAAGUGAG